AUGAGUGAGUCAGCAAAGCCCUUUGGCGAGUUAUUCGGCGACCUCGCAGCCAAAUACGAAGCCUCUACUGGUGGCUGCACUCGGGAAAUAGCCACCCACCUCAUCGACAUUCUGCCUCGAGUGGACGCCGACUCUGUUGUUUUGGAUAAUGCGUGUGGAAACGGCAUCGUCGCGCAAGAGCUCCUAUUCAAAUACCCCGACACGCCGCUGAACAUGACGUGCGUCGAUGGCUCAAAGGCCAUGGUCGACCUAGCACGCCACAUGGUUCCUGCAGUACCCUCAGCAGCUACCGUAUCCUUUGAUAUCAUGGACGGCACAAGUCUCUCGCUCCCCGACGACACGUAUACGCAUUCCGUAACCAACAUGGGCAUCUUCUUCUUCGGCGACACCGAAAAGGGCGCUCAGGAAAUUUACCGCACCCUCAAGCCCGGCGGCACCGCAAUCGCCACAUCUUGGAACCCUCCAGGCUAUCUGCCUGUCAUCCACGCGGCGCAAAAAGCCGUCAAGCCGGAUGCGCCGUUGCUCAAGUGGCCCAUGUCUGAGGCGUGGUUUCUGGCCUCGCAUCUGCAGGAGAUGCUGGAAAAGGGCGGGUUUAGGAACGUGGAGAUUCACGAGAAGGCUUCUUGUUUUGGUGCAAAGAGUAUCGAGGAGACGUGCGGUUACUUGGUUGGAAUGUGGAAACAGAUUGGCCCCAAGUGGACUGAGCAUGAAAACGCUCAGUUCGAAAAACAGCUCAUUGAAGCUGGGAAGAAAGCAGCUGUGACUGUAAAGCGGCCAGUAAAUGGUCAGAAGGGCGCGGAGAUUGUGGAAGUUGUCGGGUUUCCAAUGGUAGCGCACGUUGCUGUGGCGAAGAAGUGAGCGUCAAGUACGUCAAGAAACUGCCGUGG